AUGAGUUUUAGUGCUUCGAACAAACCUGAAUACGUCAAUUUAAAAUCAAUUUUCGGGGAUAAUAACAACGCGAGUCGUACGUCGAAACAUGUAAAGCGAAGGGCACCGUUGCCCCCGAAUAAUAAUAAUAAUAAUAAUAAUAAUAAUAAUGGUUCUUUAAAACCCUCCGAAAACGUGAGGCAACCGUCCGAAAGUUCUUUUCGUGACACGCCGAAAAAAAUCGUCGAUAAAAAUGACGGUAAAGAAAUGAAUGCAAAAUUGCAAAUAAUGGAAGAUGGUUUGGGUGGUGGUGGUAGUAGUGCCGUCAACGAAAAAGAUUUCGAUUUGAAUUCUCAACUCAAGGAAUUAGAAAACAUAGCAAAAUGUUAUAAUAAUUUAAAAAUAAAAAUUGAAAGAAGUACAAACCCCUUCGAAGAAGAUGGAAAUGAUUACGAUGAGAAUAAAAAUCCAUUUUACGAAAGUAAAGUAGUCAAAAUGGAAGAAGAGGAAGAAUUCGAUGAGAAAAAUCCAUUUCGUAGUAAAACGAUGGUGGAAGAAUUUAACGGAAGGAACAACAACGCGAGCGAUAAAUACAUUUUGGGGAGAAGUGAGGUCAACGAGGGAAACAAACACAAUUCGGAAAUCAUAUUGAAAACGGACGCGGAACAAAACGGUGUGGAAUUGAGGAAAAAUUCGACGCCGUCUAAAAUCCCCAAAAGAACUCUGUCGGUGAAUUCGGGGGAAAAUGCUGCAAAAAAGGAAAAUUUUCAAAGGAACGGUGAUAUCAGGCACAGCGUGGGUCCGGGAACGAAAGACACGCCGAAAGUGAGAAAAGAUAGAUUUUUGAGAGCAACGUCGGAUGAUAAUCGGGAUGCAUUGGAAACGUUUAAAAAACCCUGGACGAGAGUUUCGGCCAAAUUCAAACGGGAACCUCUUAACAUUGCCAACAAGGGUCCUGGAAGGGGAAACAACAACAACAACAACAACAGCAGCAACAACAGGCCGACUUAUCGCAAGAAUGUGACUAACGUUCAGUGCAAAUGUCAAAUUUUAAAUACACCUUCGUUAGAGGAGAAGGAGAAGGAGGAUAGGAGGAGGAUAAGCGUACUAAAACAACAACAACAACAACAACAAAAAAAUUGUUUUAUCGUAAGAGGCGGUGAGUUGUUGGGACCAUUUGUGCCCGUGACUCACGCCACUCUGGUUGAAUUACCAUACCUAAAACCAUGA